AUGUCGUUGGUGCCACCGGGCGGCGCGGACUCUCCUAGCCCAAGGAGAGCCGUUAGUCCUUUAUUAGAAAUGCGACGGCCCCAUUGCACUUUAGCGUGUGAUUACUGCGCAGCAAUUUUGGAGGACAAAUUCAAGAGAAGUGCUGAUAUGAGGAACCGCGGCACCUCCCCGCUGUCAGCAUCACCACGACAGUCCUUGACAGGGGAACCACCUUGGACACUUCCAGAAGACGACCGGCCAGACUUUUCAGCACUCAAAGAGAAUAUACAGAAGAUUAAUAAGGAUUGUGAAACUUCAACUCGUUUGGAUAUGUUAUUAACACAAGUCGAGCAAUAUGCUAAUAAUUUAGAGGCCCUCGUCGAAGAACGUACUUCAGAUUAUCUCGAAGAGAAAAGAAAGUGCGAAGAGCUUUUAUAUCAAUUGCUACCAAAGUCUGUAGCAUCGCAACUGAUAAUGGGUCAGCCGGUUAUGGCCGAGACUUACGACCAAGUAACCAUCUACUUCAGCGACAUAAUUGGUUUCACCAAACUUUCGGCCGAAUCAACGCCCCUCGAAGUUGUUGAUCUUCUCAACGACCUGUAUACAAGUUUCGACUCGAUUAUUGAGAACUUUGAUGUGUACAAGGUGGAAACAAUAGGCGAUGCUUACAUGGUGGUAUCAGGGCUACCAAUGCGCAAUGGUAAUCGACAUGCUGCGGAAAUCGCGCGCAUGUCUUUGGCAUUGCUUAGAGCCGUGCGUGUCAAGACAGUUCCUCACCGACCAGGGGAGAGGCUUCUCUUACGGAUUGGAAUGCAUUCAGGCCCUUGUGUAGCGGGUGUUGUGGGCUUAAAGAUGCCUCGCUACUGUUUAUUCGGUGACACCGUUAACACUGCCUCUAGAAUGGAGUCCCACGGCGAAGCUCUUAAGAUUCAUGUCAGUCCAAAAACUAAGGAAGUACUCGAUUUGUACGACUGUUUUGAACUUGAAUGUAGAGGAGAAAUUACGAUGAAGGGAAAAGGAAAAAUGACUACAUACUGGUUAAUAGGUGAAAAACCGGAAGACUUGAAAGGCAAACCAAAGGGACCGAUAAACUGCACUCAAACUGUAGCUACGAAUAAUCCGAGCAUAACAUUUCAAGGACCGGAUAGUCCUGCUGCGCACUCUCAGAAUCACAGCCAAAGUCCUGAACGUAAUGGCACCCAAGAAUAUAGAAAAAAUACAGCGGAAGAGUUAAUAAACGAGAGGGAUCGCAUUAAACACGAAAUCGCAACAUUCGUCGCGAAGGAUCUCAUAAACAAUAUAGACAACGCCGUCAAAGAGUUUAGAAAAUCAAAGAGUGCUAAUUUCAACCAAACGCCAACAGUAAACAAACCGGUUUGCAAUGGUAAUGAAAAGGGUGCGCUUAUCACGCCAACCUACGACAAAGAAUUAGUGAUCAGCAAAGGGAAAGUGCGUGACGUCGUGAAUAGAUUCAAUAGCAGCAUUACUACUGACGCUUCCAGUAAAAGCAAAACAAAGCCGCUG